AUGGAUACUGAGUUUUGGCUCCAUGGCUCAUCGGAACUCCACUCUAUCACUGGGCCAACAGCUGAUCGGCCCCCAGGUGUCACAGCCACGGGUUGCGUGGCGGCAGCUUGGCUGUCUCUGAUGGGGUGGGAAAAGCAGCUGCCUGUUUGCAUCUCGGAUCAUACAGCCCUGCGCGACGUCAUAGUUGGCGGAGGGUCUCACUUUAAUUCAUCGGACUAA